UCUCUUCUUCAGCCGAUUGCAUCACAUCAAGCUCAGAUCUGAUCAAUCUCUCUCCUUGGCCAAUCCAUUAUUUUAGUUUGCUAUAACUAUCGUCUUCAAAUGGUAGCAACCUGAUAAUUCUUUUUAUAUGUUUCCAGGGUUCUUAUUAUCUAUUCUGAUGGUGUUAUUACAUUAUGGGCAAUUCAAGAAAGCAAAGCCAUUUUCACAGCUGGUGGUACCACAUUGCAAUCUCUAUCUCACGAGACAAAGAAAGUAACAGCAGCAUGUUGGGCUUGUCCUAUUGGAAGUAAAGUAGUUGUUGGAUACAGCAAUGGAGAUAUAUUCAUCUGGAGUGUUCCAUGUCCCUUAAAUUCAAAGACUGAACGGGCCUUUAAAAAUGAACUAUGCAGUGGUCAAAGUGCUCCUGUUUGUAAAUUGAAUCUUGGAUAUAGAGCGGAUAAAAUCCCAAUAUCUACUUUAAAAUGGGUUGAUAUAGAUGGAAAAUCAGGUCGACUAUAUGUUUUAGGCUCCUCUGACCAUCUUUCUGCAAACUUGUUGCAGGUUGUUCUACUGAAUGAACAAACGGAAUCUCGCACAAUUAAGUUAGGGCUUCAGCUUCCAGAAUUGUGUGUUGAUAUGGGGAUUGUUUCAAGCUCCAUUGGACAAAACAAGCACAGAUAUGACUCUCUUCUUUUGCUUGGAAAGUCUGGUCAUGUCUACGCGUAUGAAGAUAGUUUAAUCGAAAGAUACCUGAUACAGAGUCAAACAAAAUCAUCACCAUCACUCCCGAAGGAGGUUAUAGUGAAACUACCAUUUUCGGAUUCAAGGAUCACGGUAUCCAAACUUGUAACGAAUAAUCCAUGUAUGCCAUACUCUGGAGAUGAGGACUUCAUUGUGCUGGCGAAAAAUAGUCUGCCACUUUUCCCAUUUGAGAGAAGGCAGAAGGAAGGGAAUAACUCAAACUCAACCAACUUUAGUUCAUUUUCUACAGCUAGGAACUUGUACAUAACAGGACAUGAUAAUGGAGCCAUUAACUUUUGGGACGCAUCAUGCCCACUUUUGCUUCUGGUAGCAUCUCUAACUCAACAGAGUGAUAAUGAUUUUUCCUUAACUGGUGUACCGUUGACAGCAUUGUACUUUGCCUAUGACUCACGAAUCCUGAUAUCUGGAGAUCAAAGUGGAAUGGUCCGCAUUUAUAAACUUAAAUCAGAGCCAUUUGCACCUCAGAGCAGUUUUUUGUCCUUGCAAGGAAGUUCGAAGAAAGGAAACAAUAACAUCAUUCGAAGCAUUAAACUUGUAAAGGUUAAUGGCGCAGUACUUUCAAUACACGCAGCUCAAAAUUUAAAACAGAUUGCGGUUGGGUCUGAUCAAGGAUAUGUAUCAUUAAUCGAUCCGGAGGGUCCCUCUAUUUUGUAUCAAAGGCAUAUUCCUAGCGAACUCUCCACGGGGAUUAUAUCGACACAUUUUGAAACUAGUAAAUUUCAUGGUUUUGAGAAAAAUAUUUUGAUGGUGGCAACAAAAGAUUCAUCAGUUUUGGCACUUGAGAGUGAUACAGGAAACACACUUAGCUCCAGUGUGGUCCGUCCAAAGAAACCCUCUAGAGCUUUAUUUAUGCAGAUUUUUGGUGGACAGGGAGGGUCCGGUAGAGGAUAUACUGUAUCAGAUGGUGUAGGCAUUAAUAACGUGAACCUUGAUGAUGCCAUACUAUUGUUAUGUGCAGAAAAAGCUGUUUAUGUAUAUUCCUUAUUGCAUGUAGUUGAGGGAACUAAGAAAGUGCACUACAAAAAGAAGUUCCAUUCCUCUUCUUGUUGCUGGGCAUCAACUUUCUGUACUCCUAAUGAUGGACUUAUACUUCUUUUCUCUGAUGGAAAAAUUCAGAUAAGGUCUCUUCCAGAACUAUCCCUUCUAAAGGAAACUUCAGUGAAUGGACUCACAUUGAUGACAUCGAAAGCAUCCUCAAUUUCUGACAAUUCAGUGUCUUCUUCACAUGAUGGUGAACUUAUCGUUGUUAAUGGCGACCAAGAGUUGUUCUUCCUCUCUAUAUUUCUCCGCAUGGAGACUUACAGACUUCUGGACCCUGCUUCCGAAGUUUUUAAUAAAGACCUGGUCAAUACUCAAGUGCUCGUUUCUCUUCCUUCUGUUAAAGAAAAGAAGAAGGGUAUAUUCAGCUCAGUUAUUAAAGAAAAUAAAGGGACAAAAUCAAAGAAUGGACCUGAGUUGGAAGCUGAAGAUUCUAGAAAAAGUGUUGAGGAACUACCAGUGAUAUUUUCAGCUGCUAACUUUCCAACUGGAGUAGAAACUGAAACAAAGAUUAUUGACAAUGACGAUGACGACGACUUGGAUAUAGAUGACAUUGACAUUGAAGAUCCAAAAGAGAAAACGAAAGGACAUCCAAUGAUGGAGGCAUUGAAUAGACAAAACAUCAGAAGUAAAUUCCAAGCAAUUAAAGGUAAGUUGAAACAGGCGAAGGUGAAGAAUGAUAAAACGGCAGCAAAUGAAGAGCCUCAAGAAGAGAAGGCUGGUGCUGCUGUUGAUCAAAUAAAGAAAAGAUAUGGAUAUGUUUCUUCUGGUGAGUCAAGUGUUGCCAACAUGGCAAAGACAAAACUCAGUGAAAAUUUGAAGAAGUUACAGGGCAUCAACUUGAAAACUAAUGAGAUGCAGGAUACAGCCCAAUCAUUUUCCUCUAUGGCCAAAGAGGUGCUACGAAUAGCUGAGACGGACAAAAAAGGCUCAUGAGAGUUCACAAGAUGGUUUGGUUGGCUCAUACUAUAGUCUUUGUUUCAAAUGGUUUUUGCAUGUACACACCAACUUGUAUUGAUAUUCUUUAAAUUGAAUUGAGGGUCCAGCAUGCACUGCUGCAAUGUUUCUUUAAUAUAUAUAUAUAUCUAUUUGUAA